CGCGGGAGGCGGGGUGCUGGGGCCGUGCGGAGUCUGGCUUGUUGUUGUUGUCCCAGCCCCGCAGGCUCCUCAGUUGCCGCCGCGCCGCCAUGUCCUGCCUUCCGGAGCCGCCGCAGCACCACCACCACCCCAACAACAACAACAACCACCCCCCGGCCGAGGGGGCGCCCGCUGAGCCGGGCCUCAACAGUUCCUGGGUGGAGUUACAGAUGAACGGCAAUGGCACUAGCAAUGAUAAUGCCACUGGGAAAAAUGGGGGCCUGGAACAUGUCCCUUCGUCCUCCUCUAUCCACAAUGGAGACAUGGAAAAAAUCCUUCUGGAUGCCCAGCACGAAUCAGGACAGAAUAGUUCAAGGGCUAGUUCCCACUGUGACAGCCCUUCCCCUCAAGAAGACGGACAGAUAAUGUUUGAUGUGGAAAUGCACACGAGUAAGGACAAUAGUUCUCAGUCUGAAGAGGAAGCAGUAGAAGGAGAGAAAGAGGUGGAAGUUUUGAAGAGAAGUGCUGACUGGGUUUCACACUGGUCGAGUAGGCCUGAAAACAUUCCUCCCAAGGAAUUUCACUUCAGACAUCCUAAACGUGCAGUAUCUUUAAGUAUGAGAAAGAGCGGAGCUAUGAAGAAAGGUGGCAUUUUCUCUGCCGAGUUUCUUAAGGUUUUCAUCCCAUCUCUGUUUAUAUCUCAUGUUUUGGCUCUGGGACUAGGCAUCUACAUUGGAAAACGCCUGACCACGCCUUCAGCCAGCACUUAUUGAGAGAAGCAGAGUGCAAAACUUGGAAAUCCACAUGACCUGUGAAGAUGUUAUUGUCACAUUAGUACAUUUGAACUUGAGACCAUUUUAAGCAUGAUCCCAGCCCCGCCCUUUCUUUACAUAUCCAGGUUCCAGUAACCCUUGGAAUUCAGUAUUGUAUUGGAACUCUGUUGAGGUGUUUGACUACCCACCUUCUCUCCCCGCACCCUUUGGCCUGCAAAACACGUCAGUUGCCUAACAGACUUUACAAUUGUCUAUACAUUGCAAGGGCUUCUUUAGAUACAAAAAUUCCACCAGCAAAUUAUAAUUUUAUCAGUGAUGCUGUUGUCUCCUCUAGUACAACCUGACUUAAAUCUGAAACCGCUCUUGGAAUAAAUGUGGACUGUAUUAUAACAAUUGCCAAUCUCUUUAAAAGAAACUCAAGGUUGGUUAGAGUAAAAGUGAGUCUUUGUUUUUAGAAACCGUUGGCUGUAAAUCAAACUAAAAAAUCAUUGGCAAUAAAGAAUAAAUAAAUUUUAAAACAAGCUUUUUGGGUAAUUUACUAACCCCCUAUUUUGGCCAUGACGUUUAGUUUGCAGAAGGCAAAGACUGCACAAAACAUAAAGCAGGAUAACAACUUAAAGUCAUCAGCAUAUUUUAAUACUAGAUAAUUGUCAUAAUCUUGUCUUUUCUAUGAAAUAGGCUCCUUGUUUCUGGUAGGAAAAUCUAAUGGCUAGAAAACGUAAGAGGAAUUGCGUUGUUUGCAUGUGAAGAAGCUUUUAUUUUCCUUUAGCUUUUUCCUUACUGGAAAAUUUUAAAUGUAAAGUUUUCCUUUAUAAAAGCAGUUUGAAUGCAAAUAUUUUUGGUAUAUUUAGGCCUCGCUGUAAAAGGGGAGUCUCCUGAAACCACCUACAAUUAUAAAGAUAUGGUCGUUUCAGUGGCUACUCGAAGCAUUUGACCUGCUGUUGGGAACAGUCUUGCAGUUGUGUAAAGAAGCACAAGCUGUAAAUCUCUGACAUGAUGUCUCCUUUCGUGAAGUUUUCAAUAUUCCCAUUUGUCGUUGUUUACUGUAUGGUCUCCCUUGGGGAUAACGUAGAUCCUAAGGUCACUCGUGACGUCUUAUGUAGCUAGGUAGAAUUCUCAUUAAUGUUGUUGAACUUUUAUCUUUGGGAACACUCAGUCUUGUCCUUCAGUGACGCCUUUUUCAAAAUGUGAAGCUUUAGUACCAAAUUGUUAAAAAGCAUCGGGACAUAGCCAUGUCCUUAAGUAGAUUUUAUUGGAUUUCAAAACAUGUAGCAUGACUCUGAAGGAUAGAAUACUCUGUUUUUUUAAAUAUAUAUUUUAUCAUAGAUAAAUAAUAUGAUAUAGACUUUAAUACGAAAUAUUUAGGGAACCAGUGUUGAUUUUAAAACUAGCAAAGUCUCAUUUAAAUAGAAAAUGCAUUAGGUUGACUUGUAGAAAAUGUUCAGAAAAUCUGGUCAGCGAGUUUGGAAGAGAAAGGUACCUUAAAUUUUCUGCUUGCAUCAAAUAAAGUUGAUGGUUUGGUAUAGCAGUGAUAGUUCAAAACAGUUCAAACAUGGAGGCUAAUUCCUAGUUGAGGUUUGCUUUAAAAAAAGGCACCUCAGGGAGCAAAGAGGCGAAGUAUGAAAUCCAUUUCGAAAAUGUGUUCGUUUUAUUCUCCGCUUCUCACGGCCUUUAGGAGAAGGUUUUAAGACAAGUCCAGGGUGAAAGGGUAGUUGAAGUAUUCUGUUUAGACAUCUGUGUUUUCUUUUAAUCUCAAAUAUUAGUAGCUCUUGAAUUAUCUACAACUACAUAUUUAUUUCAAGCGUGGAUAUUGGGUUUCAUCCAGACAUGUGGAAGAAACAAGUGGCAAGGAUGUUUUUAGGCAGUAUGAACCACCUUAUUUGAGAGACCUAAGUAAAAUGGGAAGGGGAGAAAGGCUGGUAUACUUUAUUAGUACUAAUUAUAGCAUCUUCUUUUGUAUGAAAAUUGGAAUAGUGGACAAAUAGAUUUAUAUUAAGUAGGGAAUAUCUUUAUUUUAAAAAAACACCAUCCAUAUUAGAUGGAUUCAUCUGCAUAAUACUUGAUAAAUUAAUACGUUUCAAGUUUGUGACUAGAGGAUAAACACAGCUAUGUGCUAAGAUUUCAAGCAGCUGUGAAAUUAAAAAUUGUUCCUGGAAAAUAUUAUUGAAAAAAUGGAUACCUGAUCACUGUAGCACUUAUCAUACAAUGAUACAAUGCAGUAUUUAUUGAUACCCUAAUGUAAGCUCGGGAUGGAAGUCUACAACUUUUAGUUUUACAAUGAACUGAAACAGAUUGUUGUAUCAUUUGAAAAGGGGUUUCAGCUAUUGAUAGUUGAAGUUUUGUUAAGAUAAAUAUUGUUUAAAAGCUUUAUACCUGUUUACAGUUUUGAAAAAAAAUGCAGGCUUCAUUUUUCUUACGUUCAGUGAAAACGGGCUUAAAAUAUUUGUAAAUAGGAUCAAGCAAAAAUACAUAAACUCACACAUUAAAAAAAUGUGGCAGGCUAACUUAACUGUAGCAAGUACAUAUUUACUUACUCUGUUUUGAAAAGUGAAAACGAAAGACUUAGAAAUUCAGAUUUUUUAAUUGACCCACUUGUUGAAAUUAUUGAAGUUAACUGAGCCAAAGUGAUUAUGCAUCCUUCAUAUAUUUAGUUAGCACUUUGUAACAUUAUAUACAGUUUACAGUACAUGUCUAAGUUGUAGCUAUAAACAUUUUGUGCCAUUAAAGCUCUCACAAAACUG